CUUGCAGGCCGCUUUACCUCUUUUCUCUGCUAAAUCAGGGAGGGGAGGCUUUCUUAUCACCCUCUGUUUUUAAAGUCAUUUCUGUUAAACGAAAUUGCAGAAGAUUAAAAAUUGAACAAAAUGGUGGUGGAGUUAAUGACAGAGAUCUAGCAGUAUGAUUCUGCUAAAAGGCACAGUGGUGUUCAGAGGCCAACAUUACCACCGCAGUGCUAUUGGCACAGCCCUGACUUGUCAAUUGUCAUCUGGCAUCGGGAGAAAACCAACUGUGACCAACCUCUUCUGUAAAAGGGCCCUAUGUGUAGCUGAAUUACUCCAACCCUGCCUUCCCAAUCUGUAAGAGAAGAGGAGGAAGGGAAGUGUUGCAAGCCUGUUGCUACUGUCACGCAGCAGCAGACUGAGCUGUUUGUGUGGCUGGAAUCCUGCCGCAUCAGCUGCUGCACGAGUUUAAUUGAAUUUGGAGGAUGAAGUCCAGCCUAAUGCAUCUGGUUCCCCCAGUGAGUAGGUACAGAGUAAUCUCCCAGUUUCCCAAGUGGUAUACACCUGAGGCCUGUCUGCAGUUCAAAGAGCACUUCCAUGCCCAGGUCAGGGCUGCUUGUCAGCAGAGCGCUGGAACAGCAGGGCUGAAAGUAGCCAAAGUGGUUGUGGUAGGAGACCUGUAUGUUGGGAAAACCAGCCUUAUCAACAGAUUUUGUAAAGAUAAUUUUGACCGGGACUACAAGGCCACCAUUGGUGUGGAUUUUGAAAUGGAACGUUUUGAAAUAAUGGGAAUUCCCUUUAAUCUCCAGAUAUGGGACACAGCAGGUCAGGAAAAGUUCAAGUGCAUUGCAUCUGCUUACUACCGAGGAGCAGAGGUUAUAAUAACAGUGUUUGAUCUGGCUGAUAUCCAGACUUUGGAUCACACCAAACAGUGGCUAGAAGAUACAUUGAGGGAGAAUGAGCCAGAUUCCAGUUUCAUCUUUCUAGUUGGAACAAAAAAAGAUUUGGUGUCAGAUGCUGUGUGUGAAAGGACAGAGCUAGAUGCCAUCCGCUUUGCCAAUGAGAUGCAUGCAGAAUACUGGUCGGUUUCAGCCAGAACAGGGGAAAAUGUCAAAGAGUUCUUUUCCCGAGUUGCUGCCUUGGCCUUUGAGCAGUCCAUGAUAAAGGAGCUGGGGAAAACUGCUGGGCAUGUGGCCCAAAUUGGGACGGGAAACCUCAUCAAACUUGAAAAGAGUAUGAUGGGAACCCCAGAAAGCACUGCUCAAGUUAACCGGAGUUGCUGUUAGUUGGCAACUCUUUCUGCAAGCACCAUGCUUCUCUGUUGCCCAGCACAGAGCACCUGCAACAAUGAAAGCUCCCAAAUGAAAAAUAGAAAGUUUUAUUUCAGGAAAUGAAA